GCCACAUGCCUGAUGCCAGCACGGGCGAAGCUGCGCACCAAGGGAACAAGAAGGUCAACCAUUCUAACAGCGGCCGCAACGCCGCUGCGCACUACGCGCGCCGGUUCAACAUGGACCUCGCCAUCGAUGCUCUUGAUGAAGAAAUUCCGUGGGAGGUCACCAGAUUCGACCGCAGGUUGAAGAAGUAUAUAGUGGAGACCGUCAUGGCUGGUUCCGGCUGCUCUGCGGUGCUGCGGUCGUUGGGUGAUGAUCUGCCGAGGGGGUUGUCUUGCGCCCCGACGGACGCUCGUGCUGCUGGCACCCCAACGGCUGCUCAACGUGCUGCUAAGUUCCCCGGCGCUGCAACCUGGACAAGCGUGCUGUGGGAGGCCGGGUCGCCUAGGGGCAACGACGCCGGCGGAGGCGGGUGGGAGUCCCGCAUUUCCACGGGCCUCUUCGUCCCGAUGAAAAGACGUUGAUCGGGGCGUACAACUCAUACUUCAGCUGC